AGCAAAACAAUAUUUUUCCCCCGACCGGCGGCUUUUAGGUUUUUAGGGUGGUAGAAAAUCAUCUUGGUAGUAGUACCGUAACUAAGUAGUUAAAGUAAAGAUCAUCUUAUUAAAUGCAUUUUAAUUCUAGGAAGUUGAGCAGCAUAAAACUUUAUAGAAAGCCUGCUACCUUUCUUUAGUCCCUCUUGUCCUGCCCGAUUAUGAAUUCCAAACGUCUUCUCGACAAGUCUCCGGCUGGGAUAAGGGUCAGUACUGCUCCGGGUAAUGCCGGUAAUAACCAUGCAGCAGGGAACACCAAGAAUUGUGUCAAGACUGUUGGAGCAGUGGACUGUGGGGUAAUAUUCGCAUGCAAGAAUGAUCCUUCAUCGGGAAGCUUUCUAUAUACACUAAUGUUGGACAAUGGAACUUCGAAAGAUUAUCCCAGCGAAGAUGUCGCUGUGAACGGGACCGUUUUGACAACAUCAAGGAAAGAAAAGCACAUCGAUUUAAAGAAAACAGGCUGUGACAGCUCAGUGGAGGAGAGAGACACAGGGCCCACUGGCAGCAUCCAGAAAAGAGGCAGUCCCUCAUAUCGGCUGAUUGUCAAUGGAAGAAAACUAGACGACCAAACACACAUGGAGGGCAUAGGUCUGGGGAGACGUGUGGAGGAGUCAAAGAGGGACCUGCGGUUGCUUGGCCCUGAUAUCUCACCCGAGGAGCAAUACCCACACACCUCCUCACACAUCCCCGUCCCACGACACAGGAAACCAUCAGGUCACGCUGACAAGGAGGUGAUGGCUGCCACUGUCCUAUCCUCUCUGUCCACCAGCCCCCUGGUGCUCAACCCCGCCUCGGGAACUCAAGCUGCAGUUACAGAGCCCACCAGCAGGGGCUGGAAGGAAAGCCUUUCUGCCAGCUACAGCAGCUCCACCAGUGGGAACUGGAGCUGGGAUGCCAGCGACCAGUCCGUGCCCUCCACGCCAUCUCCACCGCUGUCCAAUGAUGUCAGCAAGAGCUUCCUGCUCUCUUCUCAGGGGGAUGACAACAUAGAAGAGUCAGAGACCACACACUUCCUGUUUGAGGACCCGAUCCCCAGGAAGCGUAAGAAUUCCAUGAAGGUGAUGUUCAAGUGUUUAUGGAAGAACUGUGACAAAGUCCUCAGCACCUCCUCAGGGAUCCAGCGGCACAUUCGUAUUGUCCACCUGGGGCGUAACAGCGACUCAGACUACAGCGACGGUGAGGAGGACUUCUACUACUCUGAGAUCGAGGUGAACAUGGACACGCUGUCGGAGGGGCUGUCCAACCUGACGCCCACCUCGCCCACCACGGCCGCCCCCCCGCCCGUCUUCCCCAGCGUGGAGCCGCCGCACUCCGAGCCGGAUCACUUUCCCGCCCGGGGGGCCGCCUACCACACCCCCCUCAGCCAAUCGGCCCCCUCCACGCUCUGCCACAUCCGCACUGAUCACGCCUAUCAGGCGACUGCUCCUGUGAGCAUUCCAAUGUCUUCCAAGUUCAUUCAGAGUGAGAACGGGAUGAGUAUGUCCUGGCAGUCACCUCCCAUCAUAUUUAAAGGGUUUCCGGGCCCCGUGUCUCAGAUCCGCACUGUUGGUAUUGGGGAGAAGCGGCAGCCAACCCAGCAUGCUACUGUUACCAAGAUCCACUCAACUGCUGCCCCUGCACCCAAGCCCUCCGCCGGGACAAGGAAGCCGCGUGGAGAGGCUAAGAAGUGCCGGAAGGUGUACGGCAUGGAGAAGAAGGACAUGUGGUGCACAGCCUGCCGGUGGAAGAAGGCCUGCCAGCGCUUCACUGACUGAGCCCUGAGAAAGAGACCGGCUCUUCCCAUACGCUGAGCCCUGAAAAAGAGACAGGCACUUCCCAUACGCUGGCGCACAGCGACCCCUGACCCCUCCAGCAUACACGGGACUCGGUUUCUCUGUGACGAAACCCCAGGGCUUUACUGCUUUGUGCACAAGGGGGCGCUGAACCCCUCCUGCGAUAAAACAAUACAAAAACAGAUAGAAAUACAAAAAAAAAACACAAAAUCAAAAAUUGGACAAAAAUAAGACUUAUGGCUUCGGCAGCAAUGUUUAUGUAGGUUUAAACUUUUUUGUAAAGUACUUGGAAAAAACAUACAACAAACAAAAAAAAAAACGGAUUCAUAUGCUUAUAAUACUUGUUUUGUAUCUUCCAAAUUUGCAUGUCUUCAUCAGAAAAUACAUCUGUCUGAAGAUUUCAGAUAUAAGCUCUCAAUGUAAUAUCUUUUCAGAACAUGCUAUUUCUGUCCGGUUAAAAACAACCAGUAAGCUAUUUUUAGAUAUUUGACUAUCAGUAGAUUUCUUCUUUAUCUUUAGUUUGGUCCCACAAUGUUUCUGUGAUUUAUACAGAUUCCUCUCCACUACAAGUGGUCUUGUAAACAAUCAUUCGUGUUCACCAAGCAGCACUUUCACCAAAGGAAAACAGACCCAUAAUCUGCUUUAAAUACGAUUUUAUAAAUUGUGCUGAACUUUUCACAAGAAUAUUUCCUCUUUGCAGAAUGCUGAAUAACCCAGAAAUUCCUAAUGUGUUUUGGGAAGCAAAUAAUACAUAUUGGCCAUCUCAAAGGCUUUUUCUCAAGUGAAAGAUUGUCUUUGGUCUUGGGCUAUAUCGCCAAAUAAAGGUCAGCUUUGAAAUUCCAAAACUAUUUUAAAUAAAAUUAUAUUUGUAUUUUUUUCUUUGCCUCUAUCUAGAUAUGCACCUUUUGGAAUUUUAAAGUUGCUUUCAGAUGAUCACUGUUGGCUUUUACCACAGUGUAUGCACAUGUGUGGGAAUGUAUUUGCAGAUAUUUGUAGACUUUACAUGCCUUUGACAGUCUAGCAGUUGCAGCAUGCAGUCAUACAAAAAAUAUGAAUAUCAGGCUGGGGAUACAUGUGUUGUAUACAGAUAAGUCAAAUAUCUGAAAUAUUUUUGAUAAUCUGCUGUCUUUUAACAAUACACAGUAUUAUGUAAGUGUAUGGCAUCUUAUUUCAAGACUUGCUAUUGAAGAGGCUUUUAAUUUCCAGCAUUGGAGAGUAUAUUUUCUGGGUUGUAGAAUUUCUGUUUUAAAAUCUUAUCUCAUGAAGAGUGUAGAUUAUUGGCUGUAAAUGACAGUUAAUCGCCCCGUUUAAUGCUUUUUUUCUAUUCUCACUCACACCAUAACACACAGCCGUUUAUACGCUUGUUGAUAGCUUAUUAAAGUCUAUGCAUUACUGUUAAAGGGAUUAUUUGCUUCCCAUAAACCUUGGAUUGAUAUUGGACUUUGAUCCACUUGAUAACGUUAUGAAAAUAUGGACGUCCUGCUCAGCUGAUCUGAUAUCACCACCACUGAAUGUAGUUUCUGCUGUGACACGGACUGUACCACCUUUCUCUGUUCUCAAAGGAUCCACUGUUAUUUUCCAACUCAUUUGUUGAAGUGUACUCCCUCAGAAUCGGAGACAUUAUAGUAUGUUUGACUCUGUGCUCUUCGCUCCACCCCCUGCUCUGACACCCAGCUUGGUGCUGUCGCCCUGGCGAUGCCUACAUUCCAGAUUUCUCGGGCCCUCAGUAGAGCUGAGGUCAGGGGGCCCCGCAGCACGCGGCUAGGCUGCCGGGACCCGCGCCGUCCUGUCCGUAACUUCCUCAGCCGCGGGCGGGAGUGUGAAAGUGUUUGAGCUGUAAUGGUGAGGACGGACAGCGGGCACUGACCUGUCCAAACGCUCGGCCAACGAGCUUCCCUGCCGCCCAAAGCACAGGCCUGUAAUCGGGGGGUGCGAGUCUUAGUCAUGUCCGGAAACUUCACCAAGUGCCAAUGGGAAGAGCAAAAAAAAAAAAAGAAAAGAAAAAAAAAAAACCCUAAUUGAAUUGCACUAACUUGUACUGCACAAAGACAUAUUUUGUAUGUGGAAUUUUUAUAUGCAGCAUUUGAAGUUGUUGAAGCGAAUGAGUUCUGGUCGUCACUGCCUUUCUGGAACGUGGGUUCAGAGACAGCUUCAUGUGUUGCCUCCCUCAGUGAGAGCUGUUGGGUUCUGUAGUUUGGCUGGGGUCAUCAUUUGGAAUGGGCUGUCAGUCAGUGAAGUAUAUUGUUUCUUAUGCAAAGCUCUAGAUGUAGCACAGAUACAGUAGCUUGUGUGUAAUGGCUCCAUGUUUUAACAGCUCCUUCAUUCUGUCCUUUCAUCUUUUCGUAUAUAAGCGCAUUUUGUCUCCCCCAUUAGUACAGGAUUAAGUGUGUGAAUCACCUGUGGGAGGUGCUACUGUAGUAGGGUCUUUUGUUGCCGUGGAACACCACAAAGCUCCUCCCACAGUGUACUUUUACGAUAGACAGCAGCACAACCUCCUUACGGUGGAUAAUUGUGCUGUUCUUCUGGCUUUGUAGCCAUUCAGUUAAAAACGGCAGUCCUCCUCUGUCUGUAGCGUCUUGUUUGACUGCAUACAGUAUGGCCGCCCCUGUCCAGCCAGCUGGAGUCACACUCUUUAACAGUGUAUUAGCACGCUGCCAGGCACUUCUCCCACCUUGUUGCACUAGAAUGGCCGUGCAGUGCACAACUGAGCUAAAGAAGUGGGAACAGAAUUACUGCUCAAUUGUUUUUUUUGCCUCCAGCUCAUACGUGUAACAAAAACGUUAUUAGGGGAAAGACAAACUGGCUCAGACGGGUUUAUGCUGGUGAAAAGAUUUGAUUACAGGAAAACUCAUCUAUGGAGGCAGUGAUGAUUCACAAGAAAUAGGUCGUUUUUAGGUUUUCUUAGAUGUACAAGGUAAAGAACACCCUGAUACAUUUUCAUCUUUUUUUCUAUGUUGUGUAUUAUAGAAUGGAAAAUUUUAAAAUAGAAACGAGAUGAUUUUUGCUGAUUUUUUUCUUUUUGUAACAAUUGAAAAGUUGUAUGGAAGAUAACGUGUAAAUAUACUAUAAAUGUUGUGGGGUGGGGUGGGGAAAAUAUUGAUGAAUGUAAAAACUACAAAAAAAAGAAGCCCAAUCAUGUUUUUUUCCCUUGGUAGGUGGUCCUGGGGAUGCUUUUGUAGACCCCUGGGGUUUGGUUUCUGUGUGUCUUCUGUAGCAUGGGCUGAAUUCAUAAUCUAAAACAGUAACACUCACAAUUGUUUAGUUGUAUCAAUUUUCAUGUUGUAUCACAUCCAUAAUCCAACCACAUGCAAUAAUGCUUCCUUUCUGUUGUGCAAUGUCAUGUUUUAAAAGGAUACGACUCGUUUCUAACAUGGACUCUGAUGUGCUCCAAAUAUUCAUUUUGUAUUUGUUGUUGUCGGUCAGGGCUGUUUCCCCCGGAAAAUAAUGUGUGUAUGUCCUGCCCUGCACAUUCCAUUGGGCUGCGUGACAGUGUGUCUGUCUGUCUGUCUGCCUGCUUGAUCAUCCGUCUGCCCGUUUGCUUGUUGCAGUCUUGCUCCCGCCUCUCUCAGCAUUCAAAAACACUGUAGGCAACCCCUACAGUCCCGCCAGAAUAUUAAGCUAACCAAACCCAAACAAUGUGCAGAAAAAAUACCUUUUUCAUUCUUAAUUUCGUUUUCAAAUUUCAGUGUUGCGUUAAACAAAACAGCACUAAGCCAAUGGAUUAUGUUAAAUGUACAGCAUUUUCUUUCUGUUUUAUGGCAGCUCUGUUGAGCAUGAGACUCAGAUUUGUGCUUCUGUUGUUUCCGUUUUAAACUGCUUGUUUUUGUCUUUCUUUUGUUUUCUUCAGAUAUGUGCCAUCAGUGUUUGACCGAGCUGUGGCUCGCGAGAAGCUGACGCACUUCGACCGCGUGUUUUCAUUGUGGGGUUUUGUUGGGUUGGUCUGAGGUCUGCAUGUUCAGUGCCACUUCUGGGCCGUCACUUUCUGUUGAAUUCUGAUGAGAUCUCAGAAUUCUACUGUACCAUAUCGUGCUGGCAGCCAAUCGCAUGGCUGUACACAAUGGUGCUUUGGCCCGCAGGAUUGUCGCAUUGCAUUGUUGUUUGCCUCUGUACAGCCAAGCACAGAGCCAGAAUAUACUUCCAUUUGGACGAUUACAUGGUUUCAAAUAUUGGAAAAAAUAAACGUGAAUUAAAGCUGU